AUGGAAAUAGACCAAACAUACUUUUGGACGGACCCAAGAAUUGUGUGGUGCUGGAUUCAAGCAACUCAAAAGCAAAAGUCAGCCUACGUUGCUAAUCGUGUUGAUAAAAUACUGAGCAACUCAGACAGAAAUCAAUGGAGGUGGUUACCUACGACAGAAAAUGUAGCUGAUGAAGCUACACGGGAAUCAUCAACUCCAUUAACGAACGAUUGCUGUUGGCUCCAAGGUCCAGCCUUCUUACUUAAAAAAGAAAAAGAAUGGCCAAAAAUUGAAAGCAUUUCGAGAAAAGAAGACUGCAAUGAAGUAGCCUUAGCAAUUUUACCUGAAAACAAAGAAAAUGUUAUCGAUAUGGAGAGAUUUUCAAAAUACUCCAGACUCAUAAGAGCAGUAGCAUGGAUGCAACGAUUCAUUUCCAAUACGAGAUGUAAAUCUGAGAGAAAUACACAUGUGAGUCAUGGUGUUGAAGAGCUUCAACGAGCUGAAGAAACCUGCUUCAGACUUUCACAACUAGAAUCUUUUCCCAAAGAAAUGAAGAAUCUUGAGGAGAACAAGCCAGUUCCUCGAGAAAGUCGACUUCAUAAGCUUAGCCCUAUUUUGACAGGGAACUUAUUGAAAAUGAGAGGAAGGACUGAAUAUGGGAACCAAAUCAGUCAAGACUUGAAAAAUCCCAUAAUUUUAGAUCCUAAACAUCGACUUACAGUCCUAUUGAUCCAACAUGAACAUGAACAGGCAGCUCAUCAAGGUCAAGAAACUGUGGCAAAUAAUUUGAGACAACGAUUUUGGGUAAUCCGUUUGAAGCGAGCAAUUAAGAGCUGUUGGACAAAUUGUAAGAAGUGUCAGCUGCGCAGAAACACACCUAAAAAUCCUGAGAUGGCUCCUCUUCCGGCAAACAGAUUAGAACCUUAUGGACGUCCAUUCACCUGUGUGGCUGUGGAUUAUUUUGGGCCUCUGGAAGUCACUAUAGGUCGCAGAAGAGAAAAGCGAUAUGGAGUGUUGUUCACAUGUCUGUCAGUGCGAGCGGUACACUUGGAGAUUGCAGCUUCUCUCAAUACGGACUCGGCAAUUCUUGCGAUCAGGAGAUUUGCAGCAAGAAGGAGUUGUCCUUCGGAAUUGAUAUCAGACAAUGGUACCAACUUUAAGGGCGCAGAGAACGAAUUAAGAAAAGGACUUGAGUCGUUUGAUAACGAACAAAUUAAAACGUUCUGCGUGGGGAAGAUGAUGAAGUGGACUUUUCUACCACCGGCGAGCCCUCACAUGGGUGGUGCGCAUCAACGUCUUAUACAAUCGGUGAAGAAAUGUUUAAGAGUGAUUUUAAACACCCAAGCUCCUAAAGAAGAAACGUUGAAUACUCUAUUAUGUGAAGUAGAAUACAUAAUCAACAACAGGCCCUUAUUUCCUGUAUCAGACGACCCUAAUGAUGAGCUCCCUUUGACACCAAACCACUUUCUCCAGGGAGGAGCAGAUAGAGUCACACCAGCUGUCGUUAUAACGGAGAAGCACCUGCAUAGACAAUGGAAGAUCGCACAGGACAUGGCAGACAAAUUCUGGAAACGUUGGCUGAAAGAAUAUGUGCCUUUACUAAACAAACGCUCCAAGUGGCACACAAAACAAGUAAAUCUGCAAGUCGGUAACUUGGUCCUUAUAACUGAUGAAAACCAAGCUAGAGGACAUUGGGCUAAGGGCAAGGUGGAGGCGAUACACCCUGGGCGAGAUGGCCAAGUUAGAGUAGCGGAUGUUCGAACAGCCACCGGAGUCUGGAGGAGACCUGUAACCAAACUGGUGAAGCUGAUGACCUGA